CGUGGAUGUGGAUGGCUGCCGAGGGAGGCGAUCCGGGGUUCGAUACAACGAGCCCCUCAUUUGCAUCCCUUGAAAUUGAUUGUCCUGGCUCCUUUAUUUUCUUGAUUACAUCUCGAGGUCGUAUCUACCUAGUCUUUGACGCUUCAGCAACUGGUUCGGUCUUGCUUAAGGUCUAUGACUGUUAUAUUGUGAGGCUGCGCAGAAAUAUUGGUUAAAUAUUCCUCCCAGAACUGACGAAUCCACCCAAUCUCGACUUCUGGGCAAGGUAGCCUGAUUAAUUAGGAGAAGGCCUCUGAGAGAUCAACGCAUUCUCAAACUCAUCACUUCAAUCCAACACCAAAAUUCUCAACUCUUCUUCAACUGAAAUCGUCACCAUCCUUUUCUUAGACAACGAGUUGUCUUUUACGCAUCAUACAUCGUCCCCAACCCGCGACACCCACCAAAGCACAGGCAGUGGCGUCAGCACUUAAUCUAUCCUGCCAGCCAACCACAUUUCAACAUCACUCAUCAACAUGGCUGACAACAAUUCAUCCUAUACCAUUGCUCCUUUAGAGCACACGCCCCUCGAUGAGAUCCCCGCCAAGGUCGAUCUCAUGAGGAAGACCUUCAGAUCAGGCCGCACCAAAGACAUAGAGUUUCGCAUGAUUCAGAUUCGCAAGCUGUACUGGGCCAUCGUCGACAACACUGAACUGAUGCAAGAUGCUCUUAUCAAAGAUCUUCGCAAGUGCAAGUACGAGGCCGUUCUGGCCGAGAUUGAUUGGUGCAAGCAAGAAUGUAUCGACAUGGUCAAUAACAUGGAGAAAUGGCUACGCGAUGAGCCUGUCCCCAAUGUUCCUUUGCAGUUUCGUGCCAUGAAGCACCGCACUCGCUUCGAACCACUCGGGGUUGUCCUUAACAUUGGAUCCUUCAACUUCCCUUUUCAGCUCAACCUCCCUGUUGUCAUUGGCGCGAUCGCUUGUGGUAACUGUGUUGUUCUCAAGGCCUCUGAAUCAUCUCCCAACUGUGCCAUGGUGCUCAAGAAGAUCUUUGACGAAUCCCUGGACCCCGAAUGUUUCACAUAUGUUAAUGGUGCUUUGCCCGAGACUCAACUUCUGCUCGAGCAGAAGUUCGACAAAAUUUGUUUCACCGGUGGCAAGGCAGUCGGCAAGAUUAUUGCCCAGAAGGCUGCCGAGACCCUAACUCCUGUGCUUCUCGAGCUCGGUGGUUUGAACCCGGCCUUUGUCACCAAGAACGCCAACCUCAAAUUGGCCGCCAGACGACUUCUGUGGCAGAAAUCUCUCAAUGCAGGCCAGGUUUGCAUGUCUCACAACUACAUCCUCGUCGAGCGAAAUGUUCUUUCUCAAUUCCUGGGGGAGCUCAACAACCAGAUGCGCACCUUCUUCCCCCAAGGCGCCAAGAACAGCCCUGACCUUUGCCGCAUCGUCAAUGCUGGCCACUUCAACCGCCUCAAGAAGAUGCUUGAUGGCACCAACGGCAAGAUUGUCCUGGGUGGCUCCAUGGACGAAUCUACCCUGUUCAUGGAGCCAACGGCGGUGCUUGUUGACGAUAUCAACGACAGUAUGAUGACCCAAGAGGCGUUUGGCCCCAUUUUCGCAAUGAUGGCGGUUGAUUCCCUCGACCAGGCCAUCGGUAUUGCUAAUACAGUUGACCCGACGCCUCUCUCUCUUAGCGCCUUUGGAAGCAAGGCCGAGAACAAUAAGAUUCUGGAUAAUGUUACCUCUGGCGGCGCCACAUGUAACGAUGCCUUCUUCCACUCUCAGAUUCCACAGUCUCCCUUGGGAGGUGUUGGCCAAUCUGGAAUGGGCAACUAUCAUGGCAUCUACUCUAUCAGAACUUUUAGCCAUCAGCGUACUAUCGCCGAAGUCCCUUACUGGGCUGACUUCCUCUUUCGCGUGCGAUACAUGCCAUACCAGUGGCCCGUUAUGAAUCGAAUGAAGGCUGUUGCCGACUCAAAACCUAACUUUGAUCGCAACGGUAACAAAACCAAGGGAAUUACAUACUUCAUUGCGCUGGUCCUCGGUCUCGGAUCAAAGAAGUCCAAGGGCGCUCUUCUCAGGUGGGCCGUCCUCGUGGUUGCAGCCGCCAUACUGGAAGCAAAGAAGGGUGUUCUGAGCCAAUUGCUCACACGAUAAUCAUCUAGUUAAUCCCUCCCUCUUAUUAGUCAGUCAUAUAUCAUGAGAAGGCCUUGCUAAAACAAGGGGGCUCCCCGAGACUCGGUGGUCUAACACCAUUUGCUGAGAAAUGGAAAGCAGUUACGGUGGUAAUUGGAGGAUACCCCUCGUAUGUACGGUUACAUGUAAAAUGAUCAAAUAGUUCUACCUUAGUUUCUGUAAAGCAUUGUAGCGACAUCUAUGCUCUCUGAAGUACAUCCUAAUGCGCCUGAUCAAGGUGUUGAUGAUUCAAACUAAAUAACAAAAACUUGAUAUUGCGCACACACUAUGACUCCAUGUCUAGUAAAACUUGAGGUUGUGGUAUCUUGUAUUAGAUUGCCAAUAGGCCAGAAGAUUUUUGAAUAUACAAGCAUUAACGGCCAGUCAAAACGGCUGCUAGGUGCUGUCCCUUCUUGCCUCCCAGGUACAGGUCGUCAUCAAUGGUAUCACGGACCAUAUCCACUGCCUCACUGUAUCCUCUGGUCACUGUAUCUUCAUCCACCUUGAGCCCGUUCUCAACAAGGGCCAGGAUGACGCUGCGGAUUCGCGCAAUCUCGCGCAUGGUCGACACUUCCAUGGGAUCAUUCUGACUCGAGUAGACCUUGCUGCUAACAUUCUCCUCCAUACGAUUGAUGCCCGCUGCCUCAGCGGCCGGGUCGCUUUCUAUGUGCUUGCUGAUCCAAAUGUAUCCAUUUACACCAAGAAGGACAUCGACCUUGCCGCCGGCGUUGGCCACAUCCAUUGUCCAGACCUGUCUCUUGGAUCGAACGACACCACCCCCACCACCGGUGCCAGUGACAGCGACGAAGACACCGUUGCGAAGCUUACCAUACUUCAAACUGCGGGUGUGGAGACUCGCGGCGCCGUCUUGGUGCAGCUGCUGGACUUCUGCGACAACAAGAUCUCCUUCGGCGAAGAAACUGCGGAUUUGAAGC